GCGGCUGAUUGAUCUGUCGGGAUGAGGAACAAACCCGAGACCCCGCGUUCCCAGCCCCCCCAGCUCACGCGCUCAAAAGUGAAGCAAUUUGGUCACAGGGGUUGUGACAAGAGGACUCGUAUCUGGACAGGCUUAUAGGUUCCUUUACCUUUGGCCUAACACCUCAGCAUUGUGCCAGACUGUGACCAGCAACUGUGACACUGCAGAGAGCAGGCUUGGGCUUUUGUUUAGUUGUGGUUUUUUUCUUAGUCAUGAGUUCUGAAUUCUUCAAGCCCUUUAAUGCUACAGUUUACUAAGGCUGCAAUUUUUAGGCUGUUCUUUAGGGCUCAGGACACCUGAAGAUUCUUUGUUAUCUGUUACAAGAUUUAGUCAACAGUAAAAGCAGUUUUCUGAUUUUCCUGCAAAAGGUUCCAAUGUCUGUGUGAGUGGGCUGCCAGUCUCUUUUCCAUACAUUAGCUGGAGCUUUCAUGUUUGGUGAACAGGUUUAGUAAACCACAGACAGUUCUCCCCUCGUAGCUUUUCUUCCAUAGUUCUCAGCACUUUUUGUAAAAGGCCUGGAGCAGAGCAGGAAUGGAGCCUGACUGCUGGGCAGUUAAUUUAUUUGGCAACUCACCAAGUGCUCCAAACUCAACAGUGACAGUGGUUGUGGCAGUAGUGCCCAGAUAAGGGCACUGUGCAGCAGGUGAAUUCACACACUGAAGCCCCACGUUUUUGCCAGGUCAUAGAUCUGCAGUGUGAAGAAGGUAAUGAACUGCUCAGUCUUCCACUGUGGUUGUACCAAAAGCUAUUUGUUUAAUCACAUGGGCUCGUUACACUGAUGAUGAUUUACAGUGGGCAGUCCUGCCUUUUUUCCUUGGACCACCUGCCAGAGCAAGGCAGGUUAAAUAGUUUUACUCACUAACUGAAAUGCAAAUGUGAAGUGCUUUUUAUUCCUGAAUGCCAUGUUUUUUUGGUAUCAUUCCUAAGGUUGAUGCAGCCAGCCCAGGUUAGUUGAGACUUGCAUCAGCUCAUCUGCUAGCCAGUCACAGAUCUCUUUAAAAUUAUCUGGUGUCCUGUAGCCAGGCCUAUCUCAAAUUGAAUAGGCUUUCUUCUCAACAAUCUUCUUGGUUACUCUGAAAAGCCAGUCCCUCCCAAGCAAACCAUAUUUAAAACACAAAAGGUAUUCCAGAAUGCCUCCCUGCACAGGCAUAUUUGUUGCUAGUGGGCAGCCUUAAAAAAAAAAAAAGAAACAACAAAACAAUCAAAAAAUCAGAAACAACAACAAAAAAGCCCAGCAACCACAAAAACCUGGCUUGUUUGUGGUCUCAGCUUAAGGCCACGGCCAGGGCUGUGGUAUCUGGGGCCUGCUCUGAAGGCAAUGGAAGCAGUUGGCAGCCUGAUAAUAGACACUGUGGGCCAGGCUGUGCCCAGUGCCAGGCUGCUCCUAAUCUCCACAGUGCCAAAAGUCCCUGGAGCCAGCCCAUCCACGUUCCCUCCGGCCCUGCGGACGCUCCCCCGCUAAUCUGCAGCAGCACAUGUGUGGUGGCUGGGCCUGGGAAGUGCAUUGGGUGUUAACAGGCUUGGGAUUACCCAGGGCUGAGGAAUGACAGGCCUGCAACAAGAUCUACAGAGAAACAGGCUCCUCACAGACCACAGCUGGGUAAAGCCAGGCUUGGAGGUUCACAGAAAAGCAGUUGGGGAGAAGGGGCAAAAGAGCCCCAAACCCACAUCCACUUCACAAACCAUCCCAGGUACUUGGUGUUGUGUGCCAUAAUUUUUUAGACUCUAUAUGGAAGUGCUUCAGAGGAGGCACAUGAUUUCAGGGAGCUAUUUCUAGCAAGAGAAAAACCCAUAUCAAGUGAUUGCAAAUUUCUUCCACUUCCCUUUUUUCCCUUUCCUUGUAGAUGUGCUCAGCCAGUGUAUUUAUUGCAGAAAUUAUUUUGCCAAACUUUUUGGACAGUGAAUUAGCAUCUUCAGCCUCUCUGUAAGCUGUGUCUAUUGUAGAUGAAUACAUUGCAUAUUUUGAGUAGUAUUUAUUUAGUGUGAGCAGGUCUCUGAUGCGUGGUGUCGAUGCAGCUCCCAUCCAGAGUGCAGCAAUUGAAUACACAGCUCAGAGUUGCACAACUACUUUUAGCUAAAGAUCAUUGGAGAAAACAAAUAUGUGCAUGAAUAAAAUGAGAUUUGCUUUCAAAGUAAAUGUCCAAAUAACCUUUCGAGAAUUUUCUUAGGAAAUUUUAGAAGAUACCCACUGCCAUUGUGGGAUAUAUUGACAAUGUGGAGAUAGAACAGAAUGGUUUGGUUAUCUUGCUCAGUAAACUAAAUGGCUUAGAGAAUAUUUAUCUUCUGGAAUAUGAUAAAAUAAUUGUGUUCUAAGGAAACAAAACUAAUCUACUUGAACUGAGUCCUGCUUUUGUUGCUUCCUACUGUGGAUACUCAUAGCUUGGCAGAGGAUGACAAAUGUUUGCUCGCUACUCUUUUGCAAUGCACUUUAGGUGCUAAACUCUGUCUUAGGAGCCCUUGUCUGUUCCUUCAUUGGCUGGCGGGAGAAGUGGAAGUCAUAUAGGGUGGGGGGGAAGUCUGGAACAAGCUGAUUUUUCUUUUGAAACAUAUGGAAGCGCAGAGGUUCCUUAUCUCUAGCAACCCACAGCACUCUGUAAAGUAGUAACUUUCAGUGACUCAAGUCCUUCCACUGUCACCAUUUUAUAUAAAAUAAUUUGAGGUGCUUUCCUAAUUAUAGUUCCUUUUGCCAUCCUUAAAAGGAACAUUUGCAAAGCAGUGACAGUCAUUUGACAUGUAAUGAAACUGCUCCAAGUUCCAGCAGACAGUCCAUUCUGGGGUUUCUGCUGCUCAGUGAUACUGGUCCUGGUUAUCAGCAGGCAACAUGACUGGGUCAUGUUCUGCUCCCCCUCGCAUUGUUUCCUUUUGAACAUUAUAGUUCACUUCAGUGAACUUCAGUGGAACUGGGGGUUCACCUCUAGCAUUUUCCUGGCAAGUUCUGAAGCACAUCUCAGACAUAAGAAAAUAAGAAAUAUUAGAAAUGCUUAAUGACAGAAAAUUAAGAGAGAGAGCACCUAUGCAAGUUAGUCACAAGUUAAUUCAGAUUUUGGCUGAAAUUGGGGGAUACUCAUAAUUGUUUAAGGAACAGGCAUCACUGAGAGUGCAGUCUUACAUUUAUGUGUUACAAAGUAUUUUUUGGUCCUGAUCCUGUCCCCUUCCUUCAUGCAGUCAGACACUGGGAAUGACGACUAUUAGUGAACUCAAUUUUGCCUGGAAAUGUGCUGAAUGUUGUAGUUAUAGGAAGCUACUGCUCACACUGGUUUAAAUAUGGGUGGUGUCCUAUAUGACUCAUAUGAUGCUAAAAUUUAAAUUAUGUGGCAGAAGCGCAUGUGCUUAAUAAAUGAAGAUCACUCAUUUUUGGCUGUAAUCUCUAUAUAUGCACAUAUAUUUGUAUAUAUAUUGUGUGUAACAUCAAAUAAUGAAACACAAAUAGAAUGUGCACAUAAUUGCAUGCAUCACACUGCUGCAGAGAUCUGGAAUUAAUUGUGAGGGGGUGCAUAUGACAAUAUUCCUUUCCAAGGCACUCCGAAAAGCACCUGUGCUUUUUGUCCCCAGGCAGUAAACAGGCAUUUUGCCUCCUUGUGGAAUGCUGAGCAGCCUGAGGAGUUGGCUACUCCCCUUCUGGCUGAGUGACAGUCCCUCUGAUAUAAAAAGGCCCCUUGGGAUGGGCUGUGCUGGGUGUAGCUGAUAGUGCAGCAGAAAGAGGGCUUGUUCUGGGGACUGCAACUGGAGAACCCGUGAGAGGUUGUGGCCACCAGCAGGUCCGAGCUCCACAAAAUGCGUGAAAUUGUGCAUCUUCAGAUUGGGCAAUGCGGGAACCAAAUUGGAGCCAAGUUCUGGGAGGUGCUUGGUGAUGAACAUGGGAUUGACAUCACUGGAAACUACCGUGGGGAUUCACCCCUGCAGCUGGAGCGGAUUAACGUGUACUUCAAUGAGGCUUUCUGUGAGUGGAUUGGACUUUUCAGAGCAGAUCAUAAGGCUGUCUCUUUGACCUCUAACAGCAAUCAUUUGCAUUCACUUUGUUUUGUUCCAGCCCAUAAAUUCGUGCCCCGUUCCAUCCUGGUGGACCUGGAGCCUGGUACGAUGGACAGUGUACGGUCCAGCAAAAUAGGCCCCCUCUUCCGACCGGACAACUUUAUUCAUGGUAAUUCAGGUGCUGGAAACAACUGGGCCAAAGGCCAUUACACAGAAGGAGCUGAACUGAUUGAGAACGUCAUGGAUGUGGUCAGGAACGAGUGUGAGAGCUGUGACUGCCUUCAGGGGUUCCAGCUGAUCCAUUCUCUUGGUGGUGGUACAGGCUCAGGUAUGGGCACGCUUCUCAUCAACAAAAUCAGGGAGGAAUACCCCGACAGGAUUAUGAACACCUUCAGUGUUGUGCCUUCACCCAAAGUAUCCGACACGGUCGUGGAGCCAUACAACGCCAUCCUCUCCAUCCACCAGCUCAUAGAGAACACAGAUGAAACCUUUUGCAUUGAUAAUGAAGCUCUAUAUGACAUAUGCUUCAGAACUUUAAAGCUCACCAAUCCCACCUACGGUGACCUCAACCACUUGGUGUCCCUGACGAUGAGCGGCGUCACCACCUCGCUCCGCUUCCCCGGCCAGCUGAACGCGGACCUGCGGAAGCUGGCUGUUAACAUGGUGCCUUUCCCUCGCCUGCACUUCUUCAUGCCAGGCUUUGCCCCACUGACAGCUCGGGGGAGCCAGAUGUACAGAGCCCUCACCGUGCCAGAGCUCACGCAGCAGAUGUUCGACGCACGCAACAUGAUGGCAGCGUGUGACCCUCGCCGCGGGCGCUACCUGACCGUGGCCUGCAUCUUCAGGGGCAGGAUGUCCACUAGGGAGGUGGAUGAGCAGUUGCUGUCUGUGCAGACCAAGAACAGCUCCUACUUCGUGGAGUGGAUCCCCAAUAAUGUCAAGGUGGCCGUGUGUGACAUCCCCCCGCGAGGCCUGAAGAUGGCAGCGACCUUCAUCGGCAACAACACGGCCAUCCAGGAGCUCUUCAUCCGCGUCUCCGAACAGUUCUCAGCCAUGUUCAGAAGGAAAGCUUUUCUCCAUUGGUACACUGGGGAAGGUAUGGAUGAAAUGGAGUUUUCUGAAGCAGAAGGCAACACCAAUGACCUCGUGUCCGAGUACCAGCAGUACCAGGAUGCCACUGCAGAUGUGGAGGAAUUCGAAGAGGUGGAAGUGGAAGCGAGCCCAGAAAAGGAAGCAGCGUAAAAACAAUAUCAAAACACUCUGAAUAAGCCUGUUGACAUUCACUAAAGACAAAGCAGUAGCCAAAAAUUAGACAUUUCUUCAGAACUUUUCUCUGCAUCUGCCAAAUAGCUCCAAUUUUACAACACAGUGCUUUUGAAAUUAAUGGCAGCUCUGCUUUACUCUCCUAAACAACUGUUGACACUGAAUUGCUCCCAAAAAGGAGACAGGUUGUCUCAUAACAGCCUGUCUUGUAAAUGUAUUCACUUUUAGUAUAUAAUCACCAGAUACUGAAUGUACUAUACAGCCACUGUGCCUGUGUACAUAUAUAUCAGGAUUAUAAGCAACAGCAAAAUACGCUGUCAACUCAUCACAUUUAUUUAUUCUCAGGUAAACACAGUGCCUGUUUUGAUUGUGAACUUGUAACUGUUUUAGGAACACAUGCGUAUCUCUAAGGUCUGGAAAGGCAGUGUCUGUUUUAUUAUCACUCCACAGACUGAUGCAGACCUGCAGACAAGUUCAGCAACUUGAGUUGCAGGGGGAGGGCAGAAGAAACAAGAUGGGGCAAAAGACUGAAUAUGUACAUUCUUUUUUUUUUUUAAGUACUUUUAAUAGUUCUUUCACAUUGCUGGCUUAUAUUAUUGCAGAGCUUGUAUUCAUUAUCAUGGUGUGGUUUAUUUGUUUUAAACUAUAGGCUGAGUUACAUUAGCACACAAAGUGGUGACACUGUGUAAAAGUUUUGGUGUGGUAUUUUUUUUAAUCCUGUGUACUAACUACUGUAAAUUUUUCCCUAACAUUCAGAACAACAAAAAGGAUAGAAUGGUUUGUAGCUUGUUAGAUGUAAGUUCCAGGGCAAUCACUAAAUCAAAACUAUAUUUUGCCUUCAGGAAAAAAAGUUUAUUGCCACAGCCUUCUACUUAACAUUGUAUUUAUAAUAUUCUCUUAAUAAAAAAUAUAUACCAUUCUGUAA